AUGGACCCACGCUUCCAGCUGCCAACUCCGGUGCCGUCCCCCGGCGGCACUGGUGUGCGAGGGCACCACCGGCGGGCCCAUUCGGAGACGUUUCUGCGCUUCCCCGACAUCGACCUCUUCCUCGACCCCGAUGGAGACUUCUCCUUCUCCGACCUCGACUUCCCAUCCCUCUCCGACGACUCCCCGGCGGUCUCCGACCCGACCCCGCCUCCUCCCCCGCCGAUGGCGGCCAGCUCGUCCCAGACACCGGCUCCCCGUCCACCGGGCGGGACCCACAACAGGAGCCUCUCCCUUGACGCCGCCUUCUUCGAGGGCCUCGCCUUGCAGGGGGGAGGAGGCGGGGGUGGUGGUGGCCAUAAGAGGAGCGGGUCCAUGGAUGGGGUGAACUCGCCGUUCGAAGGCGAGUCGGCGCUGUCGGGCGGGCUGGACUAUGCCAAGAAAGCCAUGCCGGCCGAGAGGAUCGCCGAGCUAGCUCUCCUUGACCCCAAACGCGCAAAGAGGAUUUUGGCAAACCGGCAGUCGGCGGCGAGGUCAAAGGAGAGGAAGAUCAAGUAUACCGGUGAGCUAGAGAGGAAGGUCCAGACACUGCAGACCGAGGCCACUACGCUAUCAGCACAGCUUACACUUCUCCAGAGGGAUACUUCUGGUUUAACUACUGAGAAUAGAGAACUCAAACUUCGGUUGCAGUCCAUGGAGGAGCAAGCUAAACUACGGGAUGCUCUAAACGACGCCCUGCGAGAAGAAGUCCAGCGACUUAAGAUAGCUGCAGGGCAAGCUCCAAACAUGAAUGGGAGUCAAUUCAACGGCGGAUUCCAGCAGAUUCCAUCCUAUUUCUCUCAGCAACAUCAGCGGCAGCGGCAGCAGCAGCAACAGCAACAGAUGGCUUACAUAGGUGGGCACCAAGCUCAGCGUCACCAUCCAAACCAUCAUCAGAGCCCAUCGAAUGGUGGCCAGUCGCUGAGUGGUCUGUCCCUAGACGAUUCCAUGGAUUUCAUUUGA